CUGCAGCGACACAUUCAGUACUGCGGCGUUUCUUCCUCAUGGUGACAAAAUCUGCAAACACUUUUUGGCCAUAAGCCUAAUUGGGCCAUCUGCUUCUUUUUUUUUAUACAACUUAGAAUGGCAAACAAGCUGACGGCCCACCUGACGGAAAGUGGUAACCGUCGCCUAUAGACAUGAGUAGUACCAUGGACAUAACAGAGUAUACAGUUUCACUCAUGAUACCCCCCAUGCGUUGCUAUUCCUGAGGACUCAGGUGUUAUUCCUCUGUACCCAGUAAAUUCACGCCAUAUCCCACCCUUUAGUUUACAGUGUCCAGUUUGGGCCCUUGUUAAUACACACAUAUUAUUUUUUUAUUAAUAUUAUUAUUUAUUAGGCGCAUUAGUAAUUUUUUAGCGAAAUAUGAGGUAAAUCAAUGUUUAGCAAUGGACGUUGAAUACAUUUUUUUUAUGGAAUACGUUAUACUGUAUUCUCACUUUACGCUACACGAAUGAGGUACCAGUAAAAAGAGGAUGCAGUCAACUUAUUUAAUCCUUCGAGAUAAUGAAUAGAUAAACCAUGGUUUUCUGGAAGACUAUAAGAAGGUUGACUGACUAAGUAUAUGGGUAGCAAUGCCAUCGCGAACAAUUAAUUAUCUAUAACCAUCAAUGCAUAACAGUACUUUUACCAGAAUUUACCAUUUGGUUUGAUUCUAAUAUUUAUGCAAUAUUUAAAUGAAAAAUAUUGAAUUUUCUUUCUAAGUCACAACUUACGAGAGUCUCAAAAAGUCUCUCCUUAUUUAGGGACACAGUGCCACAGUGUCUCUCCGUGCUGAAGUCUAAAAGCAAUCGCGCUCAGAUCACUCAUGUCGUGCGCCAAAAAGCUCUCUAUCAUCGCAUCAUUAGCUCGUAGAUUUUCUACAAAAUGUUUAUCUGUAGCUUUUCUAAAUUACAAAAUAUCACUCUGCGUAUAAGGUUUUGAUAAUUAAUUACAUGAUUUGAUAAUGACAUUUAAAAUUCGGGAUCAAAAUGUUUUUUAACACAAAAUAAAUGUAUAACUCAAAAUUGUAACAGAUUUUAAAAUUUACUGUAGUGAAUUUGUAAGUGAUAAAGUUUUUUUAUCAACCAACGAAGACUUCAUAUCAGUGGAAAGAAGAGAAAAUGAAAAUUUCAAUGAUCAAUCCGAGAUUUAACUGUAAGGCCUUGUAAGUGGAGUUAGUAUGGGCGCUCCAGUGGUGGGCGCCCGGCCGCCAAGCCACGUCGCGUACUACGUGGCUCUCGCGGGGGUCGUCGUGCUUUUGUUACUUCUGUGCUGUUACUUCUUCUACUUCUGCAUUAAGAGGGUGAAAGAGUUAGCUCGCCAAGAGUACUUAACGCCAGCUCCGUCGCCGCCGCGAACUCAACCGCUAGCGCCUCCGCCCACCACCUCGUAUCCCGUGCAGCCAGUGGUACGCGACAGUGCAUCCGCGAUGGCGAAGCUCUGCCGUCAGUUGCCGUCGCAGCCAGUCGGUGGGACGGUGUUCCCCACCAGUACGUCGCCAACGCCACCCGUCAACAAGCUGCCAGCGCCGAUCAUCACUCCCUUACCCACCAUCAACGAGCCCGUGUCUGCUCGAUAGGUCAUUUUGUAACCAUUCUUAUCGAGCCAAAGGUAAUGUUCCAAAUAUCUAUGGAAUUUGGACCUAAUUAAUAUAAAUAAUACAGAAAGAAUUUAUCAGCCUUCACUGGUGCUCCGGCAGCGUAUCCCGUUAGCGCAGGCGGGGAUACCAUACCAUUAUCACCCUCAAAAAAAAAUUGGGCUUUAUUUUCUAAACACAAAUUUAAUUUCGAAUUCGAUAUUUGAAUAGUAAAAUUAUAUAAACGGGAAUUUUAUAAAUUUAUUUCAUCAUCGAUGGAGUCGAUUUUGAGACGUUAUUUCUUUAAACCUAAUAUUUUAAAUACACAAUUGGGACUAGACGCGAUGUAAAAGCCUUUAUAAGUAAAUAGUACCUACAUACCUUUAUUUUUUGUCGAGGGGAAAUGCUCAUGGAGACCCGCAUACCUCGGUGGAGAUAUGGGGCUGAAACCCCCCGGUGCUCCUUCUCAACGCUCUCGUCGGGACAUCGGUGUGCGCGAGCAAUCGACCCGUCCGGAACGCAUUGGUCCGUCAGUACCUACAUACCUGGUUUUUCAUUGCCCACGUAUAUAUAUAU